AUGGAGUUUCAAUCCGAAAAAAUAAUGGGCCAUCAGUCAAUUUUAACAUUUAAGUGUAAAAUGUGUAACAUUGAAAAUAAAAUUUACACCGAAAAUCCAAAGACGGAAAAAUGUCCCGUAAACAAAGCUGCUGUGCAUGCUUGUCAAGCAAUUGGUAUUGGUUACACACAGUUAUCAGAACUUAUGGCAUUUCUUGAAAUUCCUACAGUAUCAGAAACAAGCUAUAUAAAAAUUCAAGAAGGAGUAGCAGAUACUGUCCAUGACACAGCGUGGGAUGAGAUGAAACGAGCGGGCGAAGAAGAAAAACAAAUUGCACUAGAGUGUGGCGAAGUGGAUGUAGAUGGUAUACCAAUUAUAACUGUUGUUGCCGAUGGCCAAUGGUCAAAACGUAGCUACAGAACAAAAUACGAUGCGUUAUCUGGUGCAGCAACGAUAAUAGGAUUUAAAACAAAAAAGUUCUUUUUAUCGGAAUACGAAAUAAGUAUUGUACUAUAUGCCAAAGAUCGAAAAAUAGUAAUCAAUAUGGAAGCGGAUGGUGUGCUCGAGGGUUUUAGCAAAAGCAUAGAAAUGCAUGGGCUGAAGUAUAAUUGUUUAAUUGGCGACGGGGACAGUAGUGUCACAAAACGUUUGAAUGAAUGUCAACCGUAUGGCCCAAAUUUUCAUAUUCGUAAAAUAGAGUGCCGAAAUCAUAUGAUGCGGAAUUAUGCUACUAAACUUACAGCAUUAGCCAGAAACACAAAAUUUCCACUCCGAAUACGUAAAUUUAUUUUAGGAAAUAUUUUGCGGUUUAGAGGAGACGUGACAAAGUCUGUUUUACACUGGAAAAAUGAAAUUGGUAUCACUAAAUUACAAAAAAUUAAAGGUAUACAAAAAGAUAUUGCGAAUGCACCAUACCAUCGACUUGGCCAACAUAUAAAUUGUAGUUCUUAUUUUUGUGACGGGUCGAAAAAUAACGAACAAAACUUGGUUCCCGAGGCUGAAACCUCUGGAAUAAUGUAUGAAAUAAAAAAUUAUACAUCGCGGCUUGUAUCUAACGCAGAUAGUUUGUUAGAGAACAAAAAUAAUAAUAUAUGCGAACAGUUCAAUGCUUUAAUAAACAAGUUCGUAGCAGGUAAAAGAUUGAAUUUCUCGGGAAAAGGUAGUUAUACAACAAGAGUGGAGGCAGCUGUUGUAUCUUUUAAUUCAAAGCAAUAUUUAAGAACAAUUCACAAAACGAUAACUAACUGUAGUCCAGGUAAAUUUGGAAAGCGAUUUCUUCUAAAUUACGAUCGAAAAAGAGCCAACACUAUGAAAAGGAGGAAAUUAUUUCCAGAAAUUAGAAAAAAUAAAACUAAACGUUCAGAUGGACCAGAUGCAGAUUACGGCUUGGCUGAACCUCUUAUUGAUUCGUAUUCUCAAAAAGAGAUUGAGGAAAAAAAAACAAAUUUCCUGGAAACAUUAAGUCGGUCUAAUUUUUCACAAAUUGAAAAAGAUACGAGAGGACAAAGUAACACUCAAAUUUGGUUCAAAGAACGAAAAACACGUCUUACAGCUUCCAGAUACGGUCAAAUUUGCAAAAUGCGAUCUAAUACAAGCUGUAAAAAUACGGUAUAUAAUAUUUUAUAUGGAACGGAACCUUACACAAAAUCUUUAGAAUAUGGAAGAAAUAUGGAGGCAAACGCUCGUCAAAAAUUUGAAGAAAUUACUACUAAAAAAGUGAUUGAAUGUGGCUUAGUUAUUGACCCUGAAAUUCCAUUCCUAGCAGCAAGUCCAGAUGGGUUGAUUGGAAAAGACGCUUUGAUUGAAAUCAAGUGUCCAUAUUCAGCCCAGAAUACAGAAAAUGCAAUCGAUGCCAUAAAUAAUAAACAGUUGAAAUACUGCAAAGUUGUAGACAACAAAGUUAUUUUAAAAAGAGACCACUCGUAUUUCUACCAAGUCAUGGGACAACUACGAGCAACUUGUCGACAGAAAUGUUUUUUCGUAGUAUAUACAAAAAACUGGAUUAAUAUCGAAGAAAUCGAAUAUGAUAAUAACUUUUGGAUGGAUAAAAUGGAGAAACAAUUGAAAAUGUUUUAUUUGGAAUGUUUGUUGCCGGAAAUAAUCAAUUCUCAAUUUCCGAAACGUAUGUUGAAAUCAGAUAUACUAGAACCAGACCGAAUAUUGGAGAAAAUUAAAAUAAAAAAAAAAUAA